GCGCAGGCGCAGGAGGCGGGGCCGCUGGGGUCUCCAGGCUCUGCAAUCUGUUGCGCCGCCCGUUGGAGCGGGCAGAUCCGGGUCUCGCGGCUGAGAGUGACGUGGUCAACCGAAUCCAAACAGAGCUGAGGGAGGAAGCCGCCGUCCGGGAGCGGCAGCUGUAGCAGCGUCCCGAGCCGCUGCGGCGUUCCGGAAACCCCAGGCGGUCUUUCUGCGGCGACUGCGUCCCGACCCACACCGUCCCCGCCCCGUCGGUUGUCUGGGCGGAUUUCAGUAGUCAAGUAAAAUCAAGCUGGGCAGUCAUGGCAGAAGGAGGAUUCGAUCCCUGUGAAUGUGUUUGCUCUCAUGAACAUGCGAUGAGAAGGUUGAUCAAUCUGUUGCGGCAGUCACAGUCCUACUGCACGGACACAGAAUGUCUUCAGGAAUUACCAGGACCCUCUGGUGACAAUGGCAUCAGUAUUACUAUGAUUUUGAUGGCCUGGAUGGUUAUUGCAAUGAUCUUGUUUCUUCUGAGACCUCCCAAUCUAAGAGGAUCCAACUUGCCAGGAAAGCCAAGCAGUCCUCAUAAUGGGCAGGAUCCGCCAGCUCCUCCUGUGGACUAACUUUGUGAUACUGGAAGCGAAAAUAGCUAACACCUUGCACGACCAAAUGAACGGAAUUGUCUGGAGUGAUCUUAACCCACUAGAAGAGUUUUCCUUUUGCGUCUGCAACAUGGGAUGGUAUUGUUUCCAUAAGCUUCUAGAAAUUUCACUUGCAAACUUAUUUUUGCUUCCUGUGUUAUCAACAUUCCUAUUGACAGUAUGUUUGAGUAAAUGAUUAUAUUAAAAAAUAUAUGUACAUGGGGCUUUUUUUGGUUGUCCUAAACUUAAACAUUCCAUUAAUUCUAUUUGUGACUAUGAUCAUUAAUUUUGUGGUGAUUUCUGGCCUGAUUGAAGGAAAUUUGAGAUUUCUGCAUUUUAAUAUUUUAAAUAGUUUUGAUAGAUUUAAAAAAUUUUUUUCAUACGGUAUUUAUAAAGUUAUUUGGGGUUAUCUGGGUCUGUAUGAAAGAAAAUGAGAACCACAGUUGUAUUUACAUUUACCUUCUAGUUUAUUUUUGGGUGGCAGUUUCCUCUAUUUCUGGGCUGUGGCAGCUCUUAGAAUAUUUUACAAAUUAUAGGUGAAAUCUGUGUCACUCAUUACAAUUGGUUUAUAUGGCCAUAGUAAGAGGAGAGAAGUGAAAUGGUUGUUUACUGAUUUUUUUUAUUCCCAUUAAAAAUGUCUAGUGUUAAGAAUACUUUAAACAAACAUGGUUAUCAGUAUGAUAGAUGAUUAAUAGGCCAUUAUAUAACAUUUGCAGUUGCAAGUCACUGUACACUAGCCUUACAAGGUUCAUGAAAAUAGGGGAAAAGUUCAUGUGUUCUGCCAUUGCCAGGUAGAAUCUGUUCAGUAAUAAUUUAAGCUAUAAUUUAUUUCUAAAAUGAGUGCCUCUCAGGAAGCUUCUUUUCUAACAUUUCCCUAUUAAAAUGAAACUAUCUUACAUCUGUAUUGGGGCCUGUUGGGUUACUGACAUUUGAAUGCCUAUUUAUUCACUUUUUUAUUUGAAGAAAAAAUUUGAGCCUUUUAUUAUCCUUGCGACUUUAAAAUUUUUUACAUGAAGUCUUGGUUUAUUCCAAGGGAAAAUGAGGAAAAUAAGAAACAAUGAGGAAUCUUUUUCUUACUCUUUAACCUCAUGCCUAUUUGUUGAAGGGGUACAUCAGGGUGAGAAAGAGCAUAAAUAUAAGUGAGAUUUCAGAGUAUAUAAAAAAGGAAAAGGGUUCAUUUUUAUGCUCAGUUUGGAAAAAAAAAGUGAAUACAAAUAGCAUUUUAAAUGUCUGCAUGACCCAUGUGGUUUUAGAGUUUUUCCCUAGCAAAUGAUUACAGUUUGUUUAUGGGGUCUAGAAGAUAUUUUCCUAUCAAUGUAAGGAUUUCCCUGACAGGUCAGUCUAACCUUUCAUUGUACAGCAUAGAUCUGAGAAAUUAUUUCUGUGAAUUCAAUAAACUUCUCUAUAUCAUUAUAUUGGUUAGUCUCUCUGAUAUAGUUGUUGUGUGAUACUUUUAGGGUAUUUUCCCCCUUUAUGACUACAUUAUAGGCCAUAAGCAUUGUAAAGACAUUUUAUUACAUAAUCCAAUACUGACUGCUUGCAUUCCUCUGUGUGCAUUUUAUCUUGGCUUUGUGUUCAACUCCCUGAAAUAUAACCAAAUCUGUAUUACUUGUGGUAAUAAAGGGGUAGUAAAUGAACACCACAGAGUAGAUUUCCCCUCUUGCUGUGGCCUACUGGCAGCCUUCCCAGCUCUCUAGCUGGUAAAGCAGAAGGGGCUGGACUGGUAUAGCAUGGAGCUAAAUCCCUCCAGCAGUCCUUUUAUUGCCCUUACCCCUUGGACUGCAACAUUUUGUCCAUAUUUCCAGUCUAACCUUCUGGUAGAUAGUAUAGAUAUUGCUAUACUACAAUUUACAGAAUCUGUGGCUAACAAAUCACUGAGAAUUGGCUUUGGUUGAAGAAGUGACUAAAAAUGAAUACACAAUGUCUAAGCUUAAAAGCCUGAAUUUUUGAAUUCUUACUCCUAGUUUAUUUCUUUCACAAACUUAAUUGACAUUACAUCUAAAUACAUUAGCUUCAAAAUAAUCACAGCAUGUAGACCAGCAGCAAAAUUAGCACCUCUAGGCCCUGAAAUUGAGACCUGGAAAAUAACAACUUAGUGAAGAGGACAAGUAGAUCUCCGGG